AUGGCAGACCCGGCAUCGUCUGUGAAGGGCGCCGUUGUACAAGACACUCCAGUGUCUCCAACGGCUUCGACACUGGAGCCCAAUAUUGAUCGUGCUGCUGAGAAACGUCUCAUUCGUAAGCUUGAUCUGAGGAUCUUACCGGUGCUAUGGCUUCUGUACUUGGUAAACUUCAUUGACCGCGCCAACAUUGGAAAUGCUAAGAUCCAAGGCAUGGAAAAGGAGCUGCACCUUGUCGGCCAACGCUUCAACAUCUGUGUAUGGGUGUUCAACCUUGGAUACCUUGUGGCUGGCAUUCCUCUUCAGAUUGUUUUCAAGAAGUAUGGACCGAAGAGUCUCUGUGUGAUGAUGUUCUUCUGGGGAAUCACUGUUAUUGGAUGCGGAUUGGUCAAGAAAUGGGAGCAGCUCGUCAUUUGUCGUCUGCUUGAAGGCAUGGCUGAGUCUGCUUUCAUCUCUGGUGCCGCCUACUUGAUCGGAUCGUACUACACCAAGACGGAAUACUUGACCCGCUACGUCUUGUUCUUGACCGCUGGUAUCAUUGCUGGUGCCAUCAAUGGAUUUCUUUCGUCAUUGAUCGCGAGGAUGGAUGGCACUGCAGGGUACGGAGCCUGGCGAUGGAUUUUCAUUAUUGAGGGUUGCGUCACUAUCUUCGUUAGUAUGGCCACCUGGCCAGCCAUACCGCAGUUCCCAAGAGAGUGCAAAUUCUUGUCGCCUGAAGAUAAGGCCCUCAUGCUUGCGCGAAUCAAGGCUGAUGGAAACUCUGUGUCCGAAGAAGACAUCACGUUCAAGGAGGCCCUUCACUAUCUCAAAGACUGGAAGAUCUGGGCUGGUGUCCUCAUGAACCUCGGUGUCACAGAGAAUGCCAACUCUCUUGCCAACUUCCAGCCUACUAUCCUCAAAGGUCUCGGAUACACCGCCAUUCAAGCCCAAGUACACACUAUCCCUGUAUACCUCGUCGGUGCGGCAUUCUCAGUCAUCUUCGCCUAUACAAGCGAGUGGCUGCAGCGUCGUUAUUACUUCUACGUCAUGGGCUUCCUCACACUUGCCACAGGUCUGGCAGUAGAGAUUGCGUACCCUCCUAAUCCGAAAGUGCGAUACAUGGGCAUGUUUUUCAUUGCUUGUGGGUGCUACCUCGCCAUGCCCAUAUCGAUCAUCUGGGUUUCUAUCAACUGUGGUAGUGGGAACAAGCGUGCAGUGGCGCUGGCAGCCAUCAUCAAUUUCGGUACUGCUGGUGCGUUCGUAAGUUCCAAUGUCUUUCUUUUCAAGGAGACACCGAGAUUCAAGACUGGUUUCAGCACAGGCCUUGGCCUUGCAUGUAUGGGAGCCCUGACUGCGACAAUCUUAUGGUUCGGAUGUAGGCGAGAGAACAACAAGCGAGAGCAAGGAAAGGUGCAAUUUCCAACGAGCGAGAAGACCAUUGCAGAGCUCGGCGAUGAGCAUCCCGAUUUUCGUUUUGCUUUGUAG